CGUCACUGACAUCGACGGCCGCCUGGGGGCGCUCGAGGCGCGGCCCGCGCGAGUGACGUCAUCAGAGGCGGUCUGGCAGAGCCUGAUCAUUCCCAGGGCGUCACAAGGCGUCAUUGAGCAGUCCGGAAGCGCCCACGCGUGUUCUCCCAGCUCGGCUCUGGGACCCCUAGUCCUGCUGUCACCCGCCAUGGGUCGCUCCCGCCGGACGGGCGCGCACCGAGUGCACUCCCUGGCCCGCCAGAUGAAGGCGAAGCGGCGGCGGCCGGACCUGGAUGAGAUUCACCGCGAUUUGCGGCUCCAGGUUGCCGCACGGCCCCGGCCAGACCCAAGCGCGGAACCCGAUCCCGACCUGCCAGGGGGCGGCCUGCAUCGCUGUCUGGCCUGCGCGAGGUACUUCAUCGAUUCUGCCAACCUGAAGACCCACUUCCGAUCCAAAGACCACAAGAAAAGGCUGAAGCAGCUGAGUGUGGAGCCCUACAGUCAGGAAGAAGCAGAGAGGGCAGCGGGUAUGGGUUCCUAUGUUCCUCCCCAAAGGCUGGCAGUGCCCACAGAAGUAUCCACCGCGGUCCCUGAGAUGGACACGUCUACCUGACAUGGCCUGAGGAUGCAAGGCAGAGGAGCUGCCCAUGGACAGUGAUGCAAGGGCCAGGCUGGGAGAGACUAUGCCAGUCUCUUUUGGUUUGGGAAGUAGAUGGCCUCUGCCGGGUGCCCUCCCUCCCAAUAAAAGAACUGGAUAAAGAGA